AUCUAUCAGGGAUUAGUGAUGGUUGCCCAGAGAUAGAUGAAACCUUCAAUGAAGAAGCAGAAGAUGCUGAUGUGUCAAAUAUUGAUGCUGAAGAAAAUGCAGUGGCCAACUUUGCCAAGAUCUGUCAGGGAUUGGUAGCCAGCUCAUCAAUGAACAAAGCACCAGCAGAGAGAAGCAAACGUCCACGGAAGAAAGUAGAUUACACUGAGAAAUCUGAAAGUGAUAUUGGGUCAGUCGUGAGUAGCUUCAAUAUAUCUGCACAUUCCAGAAAGAAAGAGUCUCUACCUGAAGCAAAGAAAAUGAAAAGAAAUGGGGCAAAGAAGAAUAUAUUCUCAGAUACAGAUGAGAAUAAUGAGACAAGGAGUGAGGCAAG